CUCUGCCGCCCGACUUCGUCUCCCUCCUCCUGCGCUAUAUAUAGCAGGCCCCUUCGAGUCUUUCGUCCUCAUCGCCAUCUCCAGCACAAACCCAGUACACCUCAAGGCCAGCGCAGGGCAAGGGCCAAACCCGAUCGAAGCAGAACGGUAGCAUACACAAAGAUCGCAGCGCGAGCAGGAAAAGUUCGGAAUCCUAAGGCACAAUGGGCAUCUGCGUGUCUUGCGACGCGGCGGACGAGGGUGCGGCGACGGCGAGGGUGGUGCUCCCCGGCGGCGAGCUCCGGGAGUACUCGCCGCCGGCAACGGCGGCGCUGGCACUGGAUGAGGCCGGCGAGGGGUCGUGGUUCCUCUGCGACGCCGACGUGAUGGAGUUCGAGGGCUCCCUAGCAGCGGUGGCUGCCGGCGAGGAGCUGCGGCCGGGGCAGAUCUACUUCGUGCUCCCCGCCGAGAUGCAGUACCGCCGCCUCACCCGCGAGGAGGUGGCCGCGCUCGCCGUCAAGGCCAGCGCCGCGCUCGUCGAGGCGGCGGCGGCCGCCGCCGCGCCAUCCUCCCCCUGCCGCCGGCGCCGGCGCGGCGCUGUUGCGCCGCUCGUGUUCCCGCUCCCCGAGGAGGAGUACGCGGUGUCGGUCCCGAUGAAGCCGGCGGCGGUGCAGAAGCGGAGGGUGGCGUACCGGGGCGGGAGGGCCACGAGGUUCUCUCCCGAUCUGGCCGCCAUCCCGGAGAGCGAGUAGAGCCACCACGCGGUAAAUCUCGAGACGACAAGACGAGAGGCAUCGUUGCCCUUCCCCCCUGCCUCGCUGGUGACGCGUCCCUCGCCGGAGUUUGACCGGACGGUGUGGACGCGCCGGAGAUGAAGCUGGAAGUGUUUCAGGUCUAGUAGACGGAGCAUUCGCAAAGAAAGAAAAAAGGUCUAGUAGACGGAGAAUUUCGAGUGUGUGGUGUGCGUAGUGUUUUUGGCGCCGUUAAUUUAGGCGGCAUAAGCAUGAGAGCAUGUAGGUCGAUGCAAAAGUGUAAAUACAUGCAAAAGUGUAAAUAAAUGAGAAGGCAAGCGUUAGA